UCUCCCCUUUCAUUCACUAUAUAAAUAUAUUUAUUCUGAAACAAAAGCCGUUUCGAAACUCGCAGAACCUACGCUCUGUUUUGCAGCCUUUUCACUUUUCAGAUUCUCUGGCAGUCGCCGCCGUGGGCCGCCGUUUUCGGGUUGAUUUCUGGAUUUCAGGUCAUUUAAGGGUUCUUGAGGGGUUUCCUCUGUUUUCGAGAUUUCUUGCUCUGUUUUUUAACUUCAAAAUGGAGGUGAAGAAACAGAUCUGUUUCAUUUAAGAUCUGCAGAGAUUUAGACGUUUAAUUUAAAAAAAAAAAUGUUGGGACAGAGACAAGCAGAGGAAGCCAUUGUUCCGACCGCCGCAAAUGAGGCGGAAAACAGCGGCGGAAAGGAGGAAGGAGAAGAAGAGAACUCUGUUUUCCAAAUGAAAGACCUACUCUGGCACGGCGGCUCCGCCUGGGAUGCCUGGUUUAGCUGUGCCUCAAAUCAAGUGGCUCAAGUGCUUUUAACACUGCCGUAUUCAUUUUCCCAGCUGGGAAUGCUGUCCGGAAUCAUCUUCCAAAUAUUCUACGGGAUGCUCGGAAGUUGGACGGCGUAUUUGAUAAGUGUUCUGUAUAUUGAAUACAGAAGCCGGAAGGAGAAGGAGAACGUUAGCUUUAAAAACCAUGUCAUUCAGUGGUUCGAAGUUCUUGAUGGGCUUUUGGGACCUCAAUGGAAGGCCGUGGGGCUCGCUUUCAACUGUACUUUCCUUCUCUUUGGAUCUGUCAUCCAGCUUAUUGGAUGCGCAAGUAAUAUAUAUUACAUCAAUGACCACUUGGACAAAAGAACAUGGACCUACAUUUUCGGAGCAUGCUGCGCCACCACUGUUUUCAUCCCUUCCUUUCAUAACUACCGGAUUUGGUCCUUUCUCGGCCUUGGAAUGACCACUUACACCGCCUGGUACUUGGCCGUCGCCGCCCUCGUCCACGGCCAGGUCGACGGUGUUAUCCAUUCCGGGCCGACAAAGCUGGUGCUCUACUUCACUGGCGCCACCAAUAUUCUUUACACAUUCGGCGGCCACGCUGUCACCGUGGAAAUAAUGCACGCGAUGUGGAAACCCCAGAAGUUCAAGGCUAUUUACUUGAUGGCCACGCUGUACGUUUUCACUUUAACGCUUCCGUCAGCUUCUGCCGUUUACUGGGCUUUUGGCGACGAGCUUCUCAACCAUUCCAACGCUUUCUCUCUCCUCCCCAAGAACCGAUACCGUGACGCCGCCGUUAUCUUGAUGCUCAUUCACCAGUUCAUAACGUUUGGGUUCGCGUGUACGCCGCUGUACUUUGUGUGGGAGAAAGUGAUUGGAAUGCACGACACAAAAAGCCUGUGUUUGAGGGCUCUUGUGAGGCUGCCUGUGGUUAUUCCCAUAUGGUUUUUGGCUAUUAUUUUCCCUUUCUUUGGGCCAAUCAACUCUGCCGUCGGCGCCCUUUUGGUCAGCUUCACCGUCUACAUCAUCCCCGCCGCCGCCCAUAUGCUCACUUACAGGAAGCCCUCAGCCAGACAGAAUGCGGCGGAGAAGCCGCCGUUCUUCCUCCCAAGCUGGACGGCUAUGUACGUACUGAACAGCUUCAUAGUGGUCUGGAUUUUGGUCGUUGGGUUCGGGUUCGGCGGCUGGGCCAGCGUCACUAACUUCGUUCGACAGAUCGACUCCUUCGGCCUCUUCGCCAAGUGCUACCAAUGCAAGCCCUCCCUCGCCCCUCCGCCGACACAUCGUCACUGACUCGCUCUAUUCUGUAGAGGAAAAAUAGUAAUAUUUUCCUCUU